AUGGCCUCAAUCGACAAUUUAAGACUUUCUGCGCGAUCACCAACUGUCUUGGACAUUCAUAACGAUGAACCACGCAAGAUAUCUCAUCUCCCUCGGCCCACAGGGCCACCCACGCCGUUGAAGGAGAAUUUCAAUCAGUCAAUUCGGUCGCGGUACGGCUGGACUGACAAACCGGCGAAUAUGAGGAGCCGGUCUCCCGUACGGGAUGCUCUUACGGAUGUGCAAGCUUCGGCUAUGGAGACUACUCCCCCUGGGACAUUUGCUGAUAGCCCGGUAUUUGUGGCUGGCAACGAGAAUCCUACUUCAAAGCCCGCAAAGAACGACAUGCCGCGACCCCGAGCGGUCUCACCCACUGCCUCUCCUACAGCCUCUCGACCAGGAUCACCAAACAAGACACCCUUCAGGCCACCUGGCAGGCUGUCUCCCACCAAGGACAUGACGACGUUACCGCCAGCUAUGUCCCCUGGCGAGAUUUAUACACCGCCCAAGGCUUUCGUCAAAGGCCAACGCUCGCGAAUUGCUAAGCCUCUGCGGGAGCCUAGAAGGUCCGCCAGUUCCGCCUUCGAUUUUCAGACCAAGGAGCCCAAUGCAGCGCCGCCGUCGAAAUAUACGUCCCAAACUGUGAAAGUCAAACCUACAUACACACAGAGAUCGGUAAAGUCGCCCACUCUAACGUCGAAGGCAUCUCUGUCCUCUCUGUUCAGAGAACCUACAUCCUCGGCGAAACCCAGUAGCAAGGUUGCACUCUCAGGUGCCGGGUCUUCGGGAGCCCUGCUAAAGCCGAGAUCGAGAGGUGAAAAUACCCUCGCUCCCUCAACACCACCCAGAGCAAAUUCCAAGGCGAAGAGGGUUACUGUACCGCACCAAGGUCCAGCCGUCGUCACAUCGGAAGGAUCGCAGACAGAUACUCCGCCAAAGUCUUCAGCCGCUCUCCGAGAGACCAUUGCAAAAGCCAAAGCAGCGAGGCGGAAGGCUCGAGAGAGUGCAGGUCCCGCCGAUGUAUCGUCCCAGGGACCCUCCAGUUGGCCAACCGAUAUCGUUGAGGAUGAGUUGUCUUACGGUGGCGAUAACCAUGGCCUAUUACGCAAGCGCAUACAGCAGGCCACAGGUUCUGGCUACCUCAACAUCGCAGCAAUGAACUUGCAGACAAUACCCACAGAGGUCAUGCACAUGUACGACCCAGAGCACCUUACGACAAGUUGGGCAGACCUGGUGGACCUAUCUAAGCUGAAUGUGGCUGAUAACGACCUUGAGGAGUUGAACGAAGAUAUGUUUCCUGACAUGACGAGGGAUGAUGAGGAGAUGAACCACCAAUUUCUUGGGUUAGAGGUUCUCGAUCUACACAGAAACCGUCUGACGCGACUCCCGCAAGGCUUGUCCAUGCUGGAACGACUUCACACCCUGAACUUGAGCGGCAACAAGCUCACCAACGAUAUCCUCGAUAUUAUCAGCCAGAUACCCCAGCUACAAGAGCUCUCUCUUGCUGACAAUUCCAUUGAAGGCCAACUGGACCUCAAGCGAGCUGAGAACCUUGAGGUCCUUGAUCUUCACGGCAAUGCAGUGAGCAGCUUUGGUGCAGAGGCACUUCUCAAGCUCAAGCAGUUAAGAAUUCUGAAUCUUGCGGGCAACAAACUAUCAUCCUUGGAUUGGCUGCUGCUCUCGACGUCUACACUGACAGAAUUGAAUAUCUCCAAGAAUCGUUUCUCUGGCGUCCUCUUCCCCACUGGUGGUCUAAGUUUCAAGGAGCUUCGGAGUUUCGACGCAUCAUACAACGCACUCGAGAGCUUAACUGCCAGCAACGAUGAAGCUGGAACAUUAUUCUUCAACAUUCGAACUCUCAACUUGACUGGCAAUAAGAUGACCAGCUUACCUUCUCUCCGAAGUCUCAAAGACUUACUUGCCCUCGAGCUCGCAGACAACAAGCUAUCAGAGAUACCUACAGACCUCGCACAGCUCCAGAGCUUAAAGAGUGCAAACUUUGCGAACAAUGAUAUCCGACUGAUCCCUGCGGAACUCGCCACAAUGGCCAACCUGACGAGCAUCAACCUCGUGGGUAAUCCGCUCAGGGAGAAAAAGUAUCUCACGAUGGGGACAACCGACCUCAAACUGGAUCUCGAGAAGAAAUUGGAUCCAACCGAGGCCGACGACGUCCCUACAGAGACCGGCCUUGCCAGUGCUAUUUCUAAUAGCCAAUACCGCUACACUCCGUCGAACGGCACCCUCGACCUCUCGUCUCAAACACUAUCCACAAUCCCCAUGGACUUGAUCGACCUCUCCUCCGAAAUCCAUACUCUCAAACUCUCAAACAACGAGCUCACGUCCUUUCCCACAGAGCUCCUCUCGCACCCUUCACUGAAAUAUUCCCUCCAAUCCUUCGACCUGUCACACAACCCUCAACUCCACCCAACAGAUUACCUCACCUGCGAGCUUUUCAUGCCCUACCUCAAGUCUCUAUAUAUUGUCUCUACGGGACUGACGAGCCUAGACGCCUUGACAACGCACCUGAGAGCCCCAGAGCUCAAGGAGAUCAACAUCUCAUGCCACAAACUAGCGGGCCACGUGCCGUGGGUAAGGGCGUGGUGGCCGAAGGUCACAACCCUUCUGGCAACAGACAACUGGUUCAACUCCGUUGAUGUCGAAGGCGUCCGUGGCCUCGAUGUCCUCGACAUCCGGAACAAUGAGAUCGAAGCCCUGCCUGCGAAGAUUGGCCUGCUGGGUAAUCUUCCCGGCACCAAGGACAAGAUCCCCGGAAGGCUGCGCGUCCUGGAGGUCAGCGGCAAUAGAUUCCGCGUUCCAAGGCUGGUGGUUGUGGAAAAGGGCACCGAGGCCGUCUUGAAGGAUCUAAGGAGGAUGGUCAAGGCCGAGGAAGUGACGGACGAGUGGAGGGAUGUGUUGUGA